UAAAGGUGGAUGAAACGAAUUUCAAUUGAAAACUAUCACAAGUUUUCCUAAAUAAAUAAUGAGUCGCCAUGAAGGUGUCAGCUGCGAUUCAUGUCUUAAAUCGAACUUUAAUGGUCGUCGCUAUAAAUGUCUAAUUUGUUAUGAUUAUGAUUUAUGCGCCGACUGUUAUGAGGAAGGUGUCACAUCAACACGACACUUGGUCGAUCAUCCUAUGCAAUGCAUACUAACACGUUCGGAUAUUGAAUUGUUUUUCGGUGGUGAAAUGCUCAAUACCGAGCAGCCACAAAGUUUCACCUGUCCGUAUUGUAAAAAAAUGGGUUUUAGUGAUGCCACACUAUUGGAACAUGUAUCGUCAGAACAUACGGAGACCAGCUCCGAAGUUGUAUGUCCGGUAUGUGCUGGCCUACCGGGUGGUGAACCGAAUCUAGUCACAGAUGAUUUUGCCGGUCAUCUAUCGCUGGAACAUCGUACUGGACCACGGGAAUUGAUUUCAUUUUUGGAUGAACCUUCAGCUAUACGACAUGGCGGUGGAGUACGUCGCAUACCAGGACGUACACUUGGCGGACCACGAGCACGUCGUUCCAAUAUGCACUUUAGCUCUUCGAGUGGUCUCUCAGCUUUAUCACCCUCUGGACGGGAAUCGGUUGAUCCGAUUGCAGAGCUACUAUCACAAUUAUCUGGCGUAAGACGAGGCGGACCGCCAACAUCUCAAUUGCAGCAGUUGCAAAUGCAAAUACAAUUGGAGCGCCAACAAGUGACGGCCACACGUCAACAACUGGAACGUUUGCCAAGACGUGCCCAUCCAUUGGUCUCAUCAUCGAAUUCAAAUGCAACCAUGGCCGAGGUGAUUAGUGGUGCUAGCGGUGGAGGUUCGGGAUCUGGCAGUGGUCUAAUCAGUGGUAGCGGCUCUGGCUCAAAUGCCAAUGGUGGCGGCAGUGGCUCAUCGCGUACCAAUGAAUGGUCGGUGUCGGCCCAGCAUCAGUCGGCGCAAUCAAGUCUGGCUGCAAGUGCUUUAAAUACCAGAGAACCUGGUGGCAGUGGAAUCGGUGGUAGCAACGGGAACAGCAUGCUGGGCAUGUCAAUUGCUGGUGGUUCAGGCAGUGGAGCAAAUGCUGGUUCAGCUGCUGGUGGGGCAUCGGGUAAUGGCAGCGGUGGUGGAGCUGAUGGUGGUGCCCAAUCACAGUUCUUGCUCACAAAAUUCAUGCAACCAACACUGAGUGAAGCCGAAUGGGCUGAAAUUGGUAGAGAACGUGCUGAUCGAUCACAAUUUGUACAAGCCUUAUUGCUCUCAACAUUAGCUUGUAACUCAUUGGACCUGGAUCCCGAACAUGAUAAACGUGGCGAAUCCCAGGAAACUACCAAUAGUGAUAAUGUAAAUAAUGAAAAGGCAGCAUCAGCGGCAGCCGCCAAUAACACAAACACAGCCAAUGACAGUGAAUCGUCGUCGUCGUAUGGUGACAAUACGCGAGAAACAAUGAUGAACAACAAUGCUGCAGAUGCGUCUGCACAAACUACAAAUACAACAAGCAGUGUUGGUGGCGGCGGUGGCACGUUACGCCAACAGGUCCAUCAACAGCAACAAACCUCGCCGGAAGAUUUUGUUGUUGAUGAUUUGAAACAGCAGCAACAACAGCAGGCCUAUUCAAGUAAAAAGAAAUCGGCAACGGCUGGCGGUAUUAAAGCAGCUGCGGCUGGGGCAACAACAGAUAGAGGCAUUGAACGACGUGGUCGUCCACCACCCACAGUGGCGGCGGGUGCUGCUGCUGCAGCGGCUGCUACCGGAUCACAGUCGCAGCAGCAACAACAACAGCAGCAGCAACAAGGUCAACAGCCACAAAAAUAUAAGCAAAAUGCUGCCGCCAAUGCAGCAGCGAUGUCGGCAGCAAACACAAAUCAAAUACCCGAUACUAGGUAGUGUUAUCAUCUCCAUAGACCCGCCAAAUCACUACAGCAACAACAA